AUGCUUGGCGCGAGCGGGAGUCCCGUUAGCUUCAGCGUCGCGCCUCACGCUAACCGGCCCAAAAUGGAUGCCGGCGCCGCUGCGGAGCCCGCUUCCACGCCGGCCUCGGCCAGCCCGGGCUUGUCGGGCGGCGAAGAGGAGCCCUCGACCUCGGCCGCCUUCUCGCAGGAGCCCGUCGAGGACGAGAAAAAUGAUCCUCCAUUUCAACUCAAACUUCCUCCAAAGGCAACUAAAUCUGAAAAAGAAAUUGAUCCGGAAUAUGAAGAGAAGAUGAAAACCGACCGAGCCAAGCGAUUUGAAUUCCUGCUAAAGCAGACCGAACUUUUUGCCCACUUUAUUCAACCUGCAGCCCAGAAGUCACCAACCUCUCCCCUCAAAGUGAAACUGGGACGACCACGGGUAAAGAAGGACGAAAAGCAGAGCUUGCUUUCGGCAGGAGACUAUCGCCACAGGAGGACAGAACAAGAGGAAGACGAGGAGCUGCUUUCGGAAAGCCGGAAAACCUCAAAUGUGUGCAUCCGAUUUGAGGAAUCUCCUUCUUAUGUUAAAGGAGGAACAUUGCGGGACUAUCAAGUUAGGGGGUUGAACUGGAUGAUCUCCUUGUAUGAAAAUGGCGUAAAUGGCAUCUUGGCAGAUGAAAUGGGUCUAGGAAAGACAUUACAGACAAUUGCGUUGCUGGGCUAUCUGAAGCAUUAUCGAAACAUUCCCGGUCCACAUAUGGUUCUGGUGCCCAAAUCAACUUUGCAUAACUGGAUGAAUGAAUUUAAACGUUGGGUUCCAUCAUUACGAGCAGUUUGCCUUAUUGGAGACAAGGAUGCCAGAGCUGCUUUUAUCCGUGAUGUUAUGAUGCCUGGAGAGUGGGAUGUGUGUGUGACCUCCUACGAAAUGGUCAUUAAAGAAAAGUCGGUUUUCAAAAAAUUUAACUGGAGGUAUCUGGUGAUCGAUGAAGCUCAUCGGAUAAAAAAUGAAAAAUCCAAGUUAUCAGAAAUUGUCCGUGAAUUCAAGACAACAAAUCGCUUGCUCUUAACAGGAACCCCUUUACAGAAUAAUCUUCAUGAACUGUGGGCAUUGCUCAAUUUCCUUUUACCAGAUGUCUUUAAUUCUGCAGAGGACUUUGACUCGUGGUUUGAUACUAAAAAUUGUCUUGGUGAUCAAAAACUUGUGGAAAGACUUCAUGCGGUUUUGAAGCCAUUUCUGCUACGGCGCAUAAAAGCUGAAGUGGAAAAAAGCUUGCCUCCUAAAAAAGAAGUAAAAAUUUAUCUGGGACUCAGCAAAAUGCAGAGAGAAUGGUAUACCAAGAUCCUGAUGAAAGAUAUUGAUAUCUUAAAUUCAGCGGGCAAAAUGGACAAGAUGCGGUUGUUGAACAUCCUGAUGCAGCUGAGGAAAUGUUGUAAUCACCCGUACCUGUUUGAUGGUGCUGAACCAGGCCCUCCUUACACCACUGAUACUCAUUUAGUGACCAAUAGUGGCAAAAUGGUUGCCCUGGACAAAUUACUAUCAAAACUCAAAGAACAGGGUUCCAGAGUUCUUGUUUUUAGCCAAAUGACUCGCUUAUUGGAUAUAUUGGAAGACUACUGCAUGUGGCGAGGUUAUGAAUAUUGUCGCCUGGAUGGGCAAACACCGCACGAGGAGAGAGAGGAAGCAAUAGAUACCUUUAAUGCUCCAAACAGCAGGAAAUUCGUUUUUAUGUUGAGUACAAGAGCCGGAGGCUUGGGGAUUAAUUUAGCAACAGCUGAUGUUGUGAUCCUCUAUGAUUCAGACUGGAACCCACAAGUUGAUCUACAAGCGAUGGAUCGUGCUCAUCGGAUUGGUCAAAAAAAGGCUGUGCGGGUAUUUCGGCUUAUCACUGACAACACUGUUGAAGAGAGAAUAGUAGAAAGAGCUGAGAUAAAACUCAGGCUGGAUUCAAUUGUUAUUCAGCAAGGAAGGCUUAUUGAUCAGCAGUCUAACAAACUAGCAAAAGAUGAAAUGUUGCAAAUGAUCCGUCACGGAGCAACACACGUGUUCGCUUCCAAAGACAGUGAACUGACUGAUGAAGACAUUACCACUAUUUUAGAAAGAGGUGAAAAAAAGACAGCUGAAAUGAAUGAACGUUUGCAAAAAAUGGGUGAAAGCUCCCUUCGGAACUUCACAAUGGACACUGAAAUGAGUUUGUACAAUUUUGAAGGGGAAGAUUACAGAGGGAAGCAAAAGCUGAGCAUGAUGGAAUGGAUCGAGCCUCCAAAACGAGAACGCAAAGCCAACUACGCUGUGGAUGCCUAUUUUAGGGAAGCUCUCCGUGUCAGUGAGCCUAAAAUCCCAAAGGCUCCGCGACCGCCUAAGCAGCCAAAUAUUCAAGAUUUCCAAUUCUUUCCACCACGGUUAUUUGAACUUCUUGAAAAAGAAAUCCUCUAUUAUCGGAAGACGAUAGGUUAUAAGGUCCCCAGGAAUCCUGACCUUCCAAAUGCAGCUCAGGUGCAGAAGGAGGAACAGCGGAAGAUUGAUGAAUCAGCUCCUCUCUCUGCCGAAGAGGCUGAAGAGAAAGAAAGGCUGCUCACCCAGGGUUUUACAAACUGGAACAAAAGAGACUUCAAUCAGUUUAUUAAAGCUAAUGAAAAAUAUGGCCGUGACGACAUAGAUGAUAUUGCCCGUGAGGUGGAAGGAAAGUCACCUGAGGAAGUUAUCGAGUAUUCAGCUGUAUUUUGGGAACGUUGCAAUGAACUCCAGGACAUUGAGAGGAUCAUGGCUCAGAUUGAAAGAGGAGAAGCCAGAAUACAGAGGAGGAUUAGCAUCAAAAAAGCACUGGAUGUCAAAAUUGCAAGGUAUAAAGCCCCUUUCCAUCAGCUGCGAAUUCAGUACGGAACCAACAAAGGCAAAAAUUACACAGAAGAAGAAGAUCGAUUUUUGAUAUGCAUGUUGCAUAAAAUGGGAUUCGAUAAAGAAAACGUGUAUGAAGAGCUAAGACAGUGUGUGCGCAAUGCGCCCCAAUUCAGAUUUGAUUGGUUUAUUAAGUCCAGAACCGCCAUGGAACUCCAGAGACGGUGCAAUACGCUCAUAUCACUCAUUGAAAAGGAAAAUAUGGAAAUUGAGGAAAAAGAAAAAGCUGAAAAGAAGAAGCGGGGAACCAAGACACCAGUGUCUCAAAAAAGAAAAGCCGAAUCUGCUACAGAAAACUCUGGGAAAAAAGAUGCCAAGAAAGCAAAGACGUAAAACUGAGAAACAGUAUCCAACUGAAAAAAAAUAUUUUCCUCUCUAACCCAUGUUUUUGAUGCUGUCUGUGUAUUCCUAGUACCGUCUCCCUCAAUUCCUCGUGGUUUUAAUUUUUGCAAAUCUGUAUUUUUUACAAUGCCUUCCUUUACCUAUUGAGUAGCUUAAUAUUUUAUGCAUUCCAAUAUUUUUGUGCACUUGUACUUUGUGAUAUUUCUCAUGUCUUCAGCAAAAUUUACUCGGUUCUUGUUCUUCUAAAGAUUGUGCUGAGUUUUUUUAGCUUUCAUGUUUUAUAUGCUGCUGCUUUCAUACAAACGAACCCCCCCCACUCCAUUGAUUCCGUAGUUGUAUUAUUGUUUGCUACUUUAUAUAAUUGUGGAGAACUAAAUGGAAUUAAAAUAGCCUGAGGUGAAAGACA